UGGUUGGAUGGUUGAGAGGUGUGCAGCAUCCAUCCAUUCAUCCAUCUGUAUGGAUGAAUGGUUCAUAUCAUCCAUAGAUAUGAAUUUGUACCGCUGGCGCCGGGAGCGUCGGUGGGCGUGUCCAACGCUGAUGCGGCUCUUCUGAUUGGCUGAAAUCUCUCCUGGUAACCGACCAACACACGAGACGUUAAAAAAUAAAAUAAAAAACUCGGGAUUUAUUUGACGGAUAAAGUUAGGCUUUCUAUAUCUUGGAGAACCAGACUGAGCUCCGGUUAUUACAGAAACCUCCAUGAUCUCCGGCUGGCAGGAUGCGGGAUCCUCCAGCAGCUGCAGGACACCAUGGAUAACCAGGGGAGAAAAGCGUGCCGAGAGGCGGAGCUGGCCUCUGCUGCGGAUGAAACUCUGGAUGAAUAUUUAAUCGGCCUCCAGCAGAAAAACAGAGCUCUGCGGCGCCUCAGGGUGAAAGGUCGGCGGGAGGUGGAGCUGGAGCGGCUGGAGGAAGGAUUUUCCAUUUACUUUAAUGGAGCGAACGCCGAGGCGAGUCGGAGGAACAGCAAGGCUUCCAGAACCGCCUGCUCUCUGCCGGACCAGAGGGCUGCAGACGUCUGCAGGAGCGCCCACCAGCUAGCCGCGCACAGCGGGAUUCUGGGACCUGAGACGAGCCGGAAGAGGAGUCAGACGGCGCCGGAACGCGUCCGCAGGAAGGAAUGGGUGCAGGAAUCUGUUGAGAUCCGGACAGAGGACGGCCUGAGAGUGAAACUCUCCCCUGAUUUACGCUACUCUGAGGAUUUCGAGCCGUAUGAAAGCGUAAACAUGGAGAGGUCCGGCCAGCGCUCGCCAUGUAGAGAUUCCUCCAAGCUUCAGCGCUCCUUCAGCUGCAGGCCGGAGGUCCAGGGCGGCCCGGCCAACCCGGAACACAGCGAGAAGGUUCUCCUCAGCCUGGAGGAGGUGAAGGUUUUGCGUCGGAGCCUGGAGGUCAGCAUGCGGCGGAGCAGCCGAGGCUCGGCGGGGGAGGAGUCGGACGAGGAGUGGAUCGAGGAGCAGAUAGAGAGGGAGGAGAGCACCGAGAGCCUGGAUGAGCUCGGCCUGCCGCUCUCCAAAUCCUCCAACAGCUCACGGAAGAGCGAGACCAGCAGUCCGUUCGACCCUGCCGACCUCAUUGUUCUGGACUUUGGACCCUCGCAUAAAGGGCGUAAGAUUGAGCGUUCUCUGUCUGCGAGGAGGAGAGAAAGCAGCGACUCGUUUGUUCCCACCAGGCCGUUGUUGGUGAAAAGCAAAACGUUAGACAGGCCGCCUUCAAGCUGGGAGGGACAGAGGCCGAGGAGUCGGGCAGAGCGGCCGCUGUCAGCAGCCAGGAAGGCUUCAGCUGAGGAGCGAGACUCAGCCCAGGUUUUCUGCAGCGUCCGGGACGCCAUGCAGAGAGAGAACUGCAGCCCUGGGCAGGGAGCCGGCAGCCACAGCACGGUUGAAGGUCACCAGGAGGUCAACAGCGUGAAGCCCCCUGGUGGUCAUGGGAAGGAUGACAGCGGCGUCUCCGUGGCGAUGCAGAGGAUCACCCUGCUGGGCCCCAGGCAGCAGCAGAGGCUCCUAAAGGCCCUGGAGCAGCUGGAAGCAGAACCUGGCCAGAACCCAGACCUCUCCAAGCAGCCGAGAGAGCCGCCGCCGCAGCCGGCAGACGUCCCCCCUGCGCUGUACGUUACCAUGGAGAUCCUGUCCAACUGGGGCAACGCGCUGCAGGUCGGCCUGACGGAGCUGCAGUUCUUCUGCCGCAGAAACAGGAAGCUGUUCGUGUCGCCGCACGACAUCGACAUCAGGAACGCCGACCACCCGGGGAACCUGGCGGCGCUGGUCAACGGAAAGGUCAAGACCACCAGGGGGCGCCACAUGUGGACGUGUCCCUUCCACCCGCCCAUCCAGCUCUACUUCAUCAUCAGGAACACCGAGCGCGCUCUGGACUUCGGCAUCUCCUCCAUUAAAAUCUGGAACUACAACAGAAGCCUAACCGACCUGGACGUCGGCGCGCGCCACGUCCGUCUGUACCUGAACAGUUCGCUGGUGUUUGACGGCCAGCUGGAGAAAGGCUGCGGGAACCAGGUCUUCGACUACGGCUCCACCGUCGACCUGAAGGCCUUCCUGUUGUCCAGCGCCGGCUCCGCGGGGCGCCCCCUGCAGGCCGGGGAGGGCGGCGGCGCGCAGCCGCACCGUGCGGUUCUGCCUGACCCGUCGGACAGGACUACGUUAGACGCGCCGCUCCCACCCAUCGCCGCUCGCCGUCCAUCUGCCCAGAGGAGCGCCUUGGACCGGUCCGCCUCCGCGGAUAAGGCGGAUCAGGCGGCGCCCAUGCAGCUGACGGUCACCACCCAGCCGUCCGCCUGCCGGGUCGCCCCCCAGUGGCUGCAGCCGCCGAACCGGGCUGCUCCAGAGGGCUGUGAGGCCGGCAGGGAGCGGCCCCGCUGGCUGGUACCGCAGCUCUCCACGGAAACCAAGCCUUCCUCCUCCUCCUCCUCCUCCAUGCUGCCGGAGCUGCCUUGUAACCCCGGCCGCGUGUGCAGAGGGGCGGACGGGCCGAUGAACGGCGGGCAGCGCUCCCUGGACCCGAGCUGCAACCUGCUGGAGGAGCUGCAGGCGGAGCGGCCCGUCAGCGGGCGCCGCAGCUCCUCCAGGCAGACGGAGGAGCAGCGCCACCUAGCGGCCGAUGAACCUGUGUGUCUGGUCGGCGCUGCCCGGCGGUCCAGCGCCGGCGCCGGCCGGUCCCGUUGCCACAGCCAGCAGGACGACUCCCUGAUGGAGUCCUGGGACUCCCUCACCAAGUUCAACCAGUGCCAGCGCGGCCGCAUCUCCAACAUGGCCUUUGAAGGCGACGUCUUCGACGAGUUCCUCCAGCGCCGGGGUCAUGGUCCGCCCACGCUCCCCGUGACCCCCGCCACGACCCCCAGAACCCCUCCGUCCUCCGUCAGCUCGGCGCCGCAGAGCGACGGCCCGGACGACGACCCAGCCGUGGAGCGAGACGACGACUUUGAGAUCCCGGUUCUGCCUCAGGGCCGGCGGCUGGUUCUCAACAUCCGGUCCACUUGGGGCGACCGCCAUUACGUGGGCCUCAACGGCCUGGAGGUGUUCAGCGCCAGCGGCGAGCCGCUGCGCCCCGCCACCAUCAGCGCCGACCCGCCGGACAUCAACGUGCUUCCGGCAUACGGCAAAGACCCGCGCGUGGCGGCCAACCUGGUGGACGGCGUGAACCGCACGCAGGACGACAUGCACCUGUGGCUGGCGCCGUUCACGCCGGGCCGCCGCCACUCCGUCUUCCUGGACUUCGCCGCUCCGCACCAGAUCGCCAUGAUCCGGGUCUGGAACUACAACAAGUCGCGCAUCCACUCGUUCCGCGGCGCCAGGGAGGUGGAGAUGCUGCUGGACGGUCGCUGCAUCUUCAGGGGCGAGAUCGCCAAGGCGUCGGGAACGCUGUCCGGAGACCUGGACCAGUUCGGGGACACAAUCCUCUUCACCACAGACGACGCCAUCUUGGAGGCCAUGUCUCGCCACGACGAGACGUUUCUGGGCGAAGACGAGCGACCCGACGGGUCGGCGUGUGAGGAAGAGCUGCAGCGGCCGCGCACCGCCGACGGAGAGGGUGACGAGCGACCUUUCACCCAGGCCGGGUUCAGAGAGGAAGACCUGGCACUGAAGCUUCAGCUCAGCGCUGCAGUGAACCAGCCAGAGGAAAACAUGCAGAAUGUUCCUGGGAUCUUCUCUGGGAAAUACCUCAGACUGGAGAUGACGGCAACUUGGGGCGAUUCCCACUACAUGGGCCUGACGGGGCUGGAGGUGGUGGGGAAGGACGGGGAGAGUUUACCUCUGGACCUCGCCAUGAUGGUGGCGUCACCGCGUGACCUCAACGACCUGCCGGAGUACCAACACGACUCGCGCACGCUUGAUAAGCUCAUCGACGGCCAUAACAUCACCACUGACGACCUCCACAUGUGGCUGAUUCCUUUCUCCGCUGGAGAAUCUCACACCCUGAGCGUCGCCUUCAGCAGGCAGCAAGCCGUCGCCGGGCUGCGCGUCUGGAACUACAACAAGUCAUCUGAGGAUUCCUACAGAGGGGUGAAAGUCCUUCAUCUGUUCUUGGAUGAGGUGGCCAUCUCCCCUCCGGACGGGUUCCUGGUCCGGAAAGGACCGGGUAACUGCCACUUCGACUUCGCCCAGGAGAUUCUGUUUGUGGAUUUCCUGCAGCCUCCCGCUGACACCUGGAGCCACGACGACGACGCCCAGAGGCACGCAGCACAGAGAGGAAGUUCGAAGAGGCCGGACCAGCCCAGCAUGGACUACGAAGCUCCCAUCAUGCCUUGUGGCUGUAUCCUUCCUGAACAACAGGAUUUCACUCAUAGUUUAAAACACAAACUUCACUUUUUAACUUUAGCAUCUGAUGCUAACAUAGGCUAAAAGCAGCUAGCUGCGGGUUUAUCCAUGGAAAAUCCUUUAUGUUCACUCCCAGUUUAAAAACAUACAGAUGAAAUAAAAUCUCCCUAAAGAGGAAAAUGUAACACAAAGAAUUCAUCUUUAACAACCACGUUUUUGCUUUUAAUUUCAUUAAAACUCAUGGAAAAAAAAAAACAAAAAGAAAAAGAUCGACCCGAUUACUUUAGGAUACAAUUUUAACUGGUCAGAUCUGGUUUCUACUGGAAUCUGGCUAUUUUUGCUCAUUUCAAUAAAAUAUUGUGUGUUUUAGUGUAAUAUUGAGCAGCUAAAAAUGAAAAAAUAAAAUAGUUUGUGAUAUUAAUGUGUUUAUAUUUGUUUAUAUUUACAAAAAUGCUUGUUGUUUAAUGGUUUCCUGUUUCCGGAGGAUUGAAAAUCUGCUGGGAAAGAAAAGUGGUUUCUGGAAGGAAGCUGGAUGCAGUGAGGCUCUCUCUGGACCAGAUUGAUCAGAUCCACUGGAUUUAACUGAUCAAUACUCAGUAAGUGGAAUGAAACCAUUCAGUGAAUCCCAGCUGAUCCAGAACCAGCAGCACUUCAACCGGCCGGAAACAUUCAACGAUUGCUUUAUUCAUCGCUGAUGUUUAAACUUCAGCAGAGCUGGAGGUUUUUAUGGAAGGUUUUCAGAUUCUGUACAGUCAGAGCAAAUUUACAACACAAGAAAAACAAUAUUAUGCAGUUAUUGAAAAUAGUUUACUCAGACUAAAAGAAAAACAGCUGAGUAGGAGAAUUUAAAGGAACGAUGAUACGGAGGCUGGCAGGUGCAAAAUGUGCUGCAGAGACAAACGCAAAAAAACCACAAAAGAUGCUGCAACCAAAAAAACUGAAGCAAAGACGUACAAUCAACAAAACAACGUGAACAAAACAUUCUGCAAACGCAGACAACGUGUUACAAUAAUCUACUAAUCACGUUAAUUUAAAAUAAUAAUGAACGCCAUGAUUAAUGUAUAUUAAAGGGCAGUUUUGUUUACAUCGAUAUUUUUUUUUAUUCGUUUUUGGGUUUUUUUGUUUUACAAAAUUAAAAUUAGUAUCUGAUAAGAUGAACUUGCAUCUUAUGCAGCAUUAACAGAUUCCCUAAAAAUAGUCUCAAAACAACUUUAUUGUUUAUCGCAAUUAUUACUGAGAUUAAUUACUUUAUUGUUCUGCUAAAUUUAAUGGGACAGGCCGGAAAUAGAAGAAGAAGGAAAACUGCUGCAAGUAUGUUUUUUGUUUUGUUUGUUUUUUUAAUAAACCAAUUUCGGCUAAAAACCCAACUCCUCUUGGCGCCAAAAUAUUUUCGAAAUUGCCGUGUUUCCAUGAAGGGAAUUUAUUUUCAAAUGUCAAAUUGUGCAAUUAUGUGGUAAACGCAGCUAGUGAUGUUAUUUUAUCUUUAGUUCGGGAAUUCCCGGCUCGGACGAACCACAUCGUCCGAGCCGAACCACAGGAAUCGACUGCGGUUCGGUCCGGUUCUGUGGUACCACCACAUUGUAUUUUCUUUGACU